CAUAUGUGGGAGCAAGAGAAAGCUCAUUUGGAAUUAUUUGAAAGACUAGUGAAGGAAAGAAGAGUGAGACCAACUGCUUUGAUGCCUCUGUGGAACAUAGCUGGAUAUGCACUGGGUGCUGGCAGUGCAUUAUUAGGUAAAGAGGCAGCAAUGGCUUGUACUGUUGCUGUUGAACAAGCAAUUGGAGAGCAUUAUAAUGAUCAAUUAAGGGAGCUGUUGAAUAGAGAAGAGAAAGAUGAAGAACUUUUAAAAAGUAUAAAGGAUUGUAGAGAUGAUGAGUUGGAUCAUCUUGAAACUGGUUUAGAACAUGAUGCUGAACAAGCUCCUGGUUAUGAGAUAUUCUCACAAAUAAUAAGAACUGGAUGCAAGACAGCAAUAUGGCUAUCAGAAAGAAUAUAACUGUCACAACUAAUUGAAUAUCAAUAUUCAUUAAUGCAUGUAUUGUAUAUGUUAGUCUAUGUAGCCCCACCUUUCACCAGUA